AUGUUUUAUCAUUGUUUAGGAUUGUUAUUUGUGCUGUCCAUUAGUGCAAUACCACUACCCGAAGAACUGGAUUAUGGUGGGGAAAUUCCGAACUGUCGCGACGGUGGAAAACCUCUACUAGCCGCAGAUAUUGGAAUUCAUACAUGUGAAAAAAAUUGUCCCGAAGGAUUCCGAUGUGAAUACAAAACAGCGAAUGAUACUACGAGGAAAGGUAUAUGUUGUCCAAACUUGAAAGAGUUGGAAAAAAUUUACAAUGAGGAUGAGAAACUGGAUAGAACUAUCAAGAACUGA